AUGAGUGAUAAACCUCAGGAACCAAGAAGAUCACAACGUCUGGCUUCACGUCAGGAGAAGCAGCCGUACAAGGCACUGCUCAUAAGAGCUCAGUCACCUGAACAGCCCGAAGCAACCGGUUCAAAACAGUUGAAAAUGAAGUCGAAGAAAGCUGUUGGUGCAAGAAAGGGGAAAGCUGUUGCUGGAAUAAAGCCUCCCUAUCCUCGCAUGAGAUGUAGGACACCUGAACCAGUUGAUUAUGAUUAUUAUUUUUCAUCGUCUAGUGAAGGAACCAGUUCUGAAACGUCUAGUGAAGGAACCAGUUCUGAAGAAUUAGAAGUGAAGCGAAGAAAGAUCAAUGAUUCAGCGGAUAGUGAAGCCAAGAUCUAG